CAGACCUUAGCAAUUUUUAAAGUUGUCACGUCUUAUCCACUCUCACGGCAGCCCAUCAAUAAACCGGUUUGAUUCGCCGCCGCGACUCUGCCACGAUGAAUAAGAACUGGAACGAUCGCGCCGAUAAGGAUCUCUUCUUCACCAUCCUGUCGGUGAAGAACAUUGGCGUCAUCAGCGGCUCAGAAUGGACCACAAUAGGCAACCACAUGCGGUUGAUGGGCUAUGGCUUCACCAAUGAAGGAUGCCGCCAGCACUUCCAAGGGCUCCGCAGAGCUCAAAACAAGGCGGAUGGUGGCGUUCCCGGCGAAAACCCUAGAAAGGUCGAUCCCACACUGAACCCCAUCACUCGACGGCCUGGUCCUGGUCGCGGGCGGCCGAGGAAACAGCCCACCGAAGAUGGCUCCGCUGCGGCACCCGCUGGAGCGCAGGCCUCUGGAGGACACUCUGCCGGACCAUCACCUGCCGGUGUCACACCUACCACGUCUGGGCCACCUCCGAUGGCACCCGGAGUUGGCGCUGUCUCUGAUAUGGGUCACGGAGUUCCCAUGCACCCCCAAUUCCCCGGUUUCACUGUGUGCCCGCUCCCCAGCAACCGCCCGCCAACCAUGGACUACCUGCAAACCAUGGACCCCCCGCCAACCAUGGACUACCUGCAAACCAUGGACUCCCCGCGAACCAUGGACUCCCCGCGAACCAUGGACUCCCCGCGAACCAUGGACUCCCCACCAACCAUGGACUUCCCGUCAACCACGGACUCCCCCCUAACCAUGGGCACCCCGCCAACCAUGCACACCCCAUUGCCCAUGCACACCCUGCUACUCAAAAUCAGCCUCAACCGCCCCCACCUCAGUUUGGAAGACGACGCAGAGGAUGAGGAUGAGGAAGAGGAGGAGGAGGAGGAGCAUGCGGCAAAGCGACAGAGGCUGGAAGAUAGCCAAGAACAAACGCUAGAAGACGAGGCCGUGCUACACGUCCUUUCCGGUCACAACAACCCGGAAACGCCAGGCGAAUAUACCACCGAAUACGUGUACGGCGAUGCUUAGUUCUCAGAACGAGUGGGCGGUGAUCCCUGGUUCUUAAGAGGUGACGGACGGUAAGGCUCAGUUAGCUGGUGUAAUUCGACGAUCAAUAUGGAGCCCUUCUUCCUACCUCAGGGGUGGGGGGCUGGGGAAUUUAUGGUCUGGCGUCUAGUGAUCGACUCCGUUGAAGCUGCAAUGCUUCAAUCGCAACAGAUGUAAGAUGGCGCUCAGGAACGGCAACCCCGGCGUGGGUUUGGAGUUUAGCAAAUCCUUUUCCAAUGUAUAGUUUCUCUCCGUAUAGGAUCAAUGAAGAAGGCAACCCGGAAUCGAUGUACCAUCUGAGUUUGGUCUUUCUAGAGCCGACAUCCCAAC